UCGAUCGUAAUGCGCAGCAGCAGCAGUGGGAAUAGAAGACAGUAAAACUCGUAUAUGCAAGUCUCACUUUCUCAAGCCUCGGCUCCUCGUGCAGUUUAGAUAUCAGUUGCCCAGCAGCAGCAGCAGCAGCAGUAGCAGUAGCAGUACAGCAGAGCACUCCACAGUACAGUGUCUGACAGUCGAGGUUAAUAGCACCAAUAACAAACCACUGAUCUCUCGCUGCAUAACAGUAAGGCAUAUAGUGUGUAGGAAACUUCGAGUCUCUCUCUUUUUGAUAUCGAGGAACACGUGGUCUCGCGCUCAACUUUUCGAGGCAAAAUGGAUAUAGCGAUGGCAGAUAACAACGACAAUCGUUGCAACGCCGACUCCCAGUCGGAAUUGUUGUUGAAUUCCAACGCAGCCGAGCAGACAACGAACGACGACAACGACAAAAAAGAGGACAGUCCGUUGAGGAACAUUCUGGAUAAUCUGCUGGAGACCAAAACCCCCGAGCCCGAUACCAGAGAAAAGGUCGACUUCAAAGUCAUAUUCAACAAAAAGAAAAUCGACGUGUCCUUUGCCCUCGACGGCACCGUGCUCGAGCUCAAGUCUCACUUGCAGGACAUCAUAUCCGUGCCGUCGACCAUGCAAAAGAUCAUGAUCAAGGGACUCGCCAAAGACGAACAGACCCUCAGAGAAUUGGGUGUGACCAAAAGUGCCAAAGUUAUGGUUGUCGGCUCGAAGUUGGACGACGUUCUCCAAGUGUCGUUACCAGGUAAAUCAGGAGAUGCGCAGGGAGCCAAAGGCGAGUCGUCUGAGUCGAAAGCAGAACCUCUCUCGAAACAAAAACUGCAUCGUAAAAUAUUGGACAAAGGUAAACCAGAAGACGCGAUGCCUGGAUUGAAAGGAAAGCAAAUGUCACUUCCGUUAGAGCCAAUGAAGGGUAUGCUCAAUAAAUCUGGUGGAAAAGUUAGAUUAACAUUUAAAAUGGAAGCAGAUCAGCUGUGGAUAGGAACAAAGGAAAGGACAGAUAAAAUACCUAUGAAUUCGAUUAAAGAUGUAAUCAGUGAGCCAAUUCACGAUCACACUGAAUAUCACAUUAUGGCGAUACAACUGGGACCAACAGAGGCUUCCAGAUAUUGGUUAUAUUGGGUGCCAGCACAGUAUUCACAAGCAAUUAGAGAUGUUAUACUUGGCAAAUGGUACUUUUGAUGGAAUAUCAGAUGUAAUUACUACUAUAAAUAUAUGUGUAAGGAAAAAACUUAGCGUAACAGGACGUGAACAUCAAUACAAGACUAAACUAGUCAGGCAUUUUUAUUAAUUAAAAAAUAAGUAAUUAACUUGUCAUACACUGAGAUUACGCUAUUGAUAGUCAAAGUAAAUGUCCAUAAUAAAGCAAACAAACUGCCUGUUUGAAAUAUAAAUAUUUAAAACUGUUCUUUCAAAUUAAUAUACAGAUUUUAUGGAGUCAAAAUUUUAAGAAAAUUUAUUAUGAAGAUUUUGUAAAUCAAAUUUAUAUUGCAAAAUUUGUCAAUUAGAAAUUAUGAUUAUGGUAACAACAACAAUGCAUAAUCAUAACAAUGCAUGAUGUUCCAAAUGCUUGCAUUUCAUUUUUCUUAUCUUUUAUUAAAUAUCAUGAGUUUUCAAAAAAAUACCGUUCAAACUUAUAGAAAAUUUAUUAAAGUUUUCUCUUGCGUAACUAAAAACGUAAUGAUUGAUAUUUUAUAUUCUUAUAUAUAUUAUAAAUAUAAAUGAAUAUUAUAUUUUACAUCGAGAAUAUUAAUUUCGAGCCUCUAGAUUGCUCGCUGGAUACAUUUUAUGUACGAUAAUUUUUUCGUUCAGUGUUCAUUCUUCGUUCAAAAUAUUGAAAUUAAAGUAAUGUCGUCGUUAUAACAUGCAUCGAUUAAACAUUUUCGUGAAGACAUCAUUCAAAACAUCAUCAUUGAAAAGAGAAUCCUCAAAUUAUAACUUUUAGCGAGCUAUAAUAAAUGCAUGAAUAUCAAACAUAUUAUUAUAAAUAAAAAGUCAAUGUGAGUGUAUGUAACUAGUAAAAUGUAGCUAUUUAAAACCAAUGUAUUUUGAAACGAACUAAAGAUGGUAAAUUUUAUUGAGUUGUGCAUGCUACGACUACUGCUCAAUUUGUUGAAUUAUAGGACUAUUUGUAUUGUAAAGAUUGCUAUAUAAUUCAUCACACAAAUAAGCAAUAAUACUUUUUAAUAGAUGUAAUUGAAAACAUCCAAUAGAUUGUUAAAGUUGUUAUCAAAGUAAUGAUACGUCCUAAAUCUCCAAUGAACUUGAUUUCUAAUCACAAAAUCUGAUUCACGACGAAUUUCAAUGCUUAAUAUAUUUUCAUUACAAAGUGAUACUUUAGUUUACAAAAGAACAAAACAUAAAACAGAAUUAAAUUCAAAUGUGAUAUUACAAUCACUAAAAUCAUUGUAAAUUUCAAAAUUUCCAACAAUUGCACUUUUAAUUGAAAAGGAAGCAAGACUACUAAAAGUCAUUUAUUAGUGAGGCGUAGUUUUUUUUGGUAUUAUCUUUAUUUGCACUAUAAAUACUGCACAAAUGAUAUUUAUUAAAUAAUAAAUGUAAAUGUUAUCAAAUAAAAACGGAGUCAUUAAAGAA